GGACGUGGAGAGGUUGCAGGCGGUUCUUGCUCCUUUUCUAAACUCAUGCGUUGGAUUCCCAUACGGGACCAUGGCCUCCUUGUUGCGUUGCCUGAGGCUCUUAUUUCUUUUAUUCUGUUUUUGUUUUUGCGUUCUUGCACAGUAUGAAAAAUACAAUUUCCGCAGUUUCCCGCGACAUGAGCUGAUGCCUCUUGACUCGGCGUAUCGCCACGCAUUAGACAAGUACAACGAGGAAAAGUGGCCCGAGACUGUGGAGUUUCUGGAAGUGAGUCUUCGGCUCUACCGGCUGCUCCGGGACAGCGAGGCCUUCUGCAACCUCAACUGCAGCAUGGUGUGCCUCGACGACGAGGCGCGCUUCACCGAGUUCCCCGAGCUGCACGCCUUCGGUAAUGUGAUGAAACGGGCGCAAUGUCUGAAGAGAUGUAAACAGGGGUUACCAGCCUUCAGACAGACGAUGCCCAGCCGUGAAACCAUCGAGGAGUUUGAGAAACGAGAACCCUACAAGUUUCUGCAGUUUGCCUACUUUAAAAGUGAUAAAUUGGCCAAGGCUGUGUCUGCUGCGCACACUUUCCUCUUGAAGCAUCCAGAUGAUGAGAUGAUGCAGAGGAACAUGAACUAUUACAAGAGCUUACCUGGGUCUGAGGAACAUAUGAAAGACCUGGAGACCAAGUCAUAUGAGACGCUGUUCAUUCGGGCUGUCCGGGCGUACAAUGGCGAUAACUUCAGAACAUCAGUGUCAGAUAUGGAGUUGGCACUUCGAGACUUUUUCAAGGUGUUUGAUGAGUGCAUCGCAGCUUCAGAGGGAUCCAGACAGAUCAAAGACUUCAAAGACUUUUACCCCUCCAUUGCAGAUCAUUACACUGAGGUUCUGGAGAGAAAGGUUCGCUGUGAGAGUGAACUGACACCAGUUGUUGGUGGAUUUGUUGUUGAGAAGUUUGUGGCAACUAUGUACCACUAUCUCCAGUUUGCCUAUUAUAAAUUGAAUGAUUUGAAGAAUGCUGUACCAUGUGUGGCCAGCUACAUGCUCUUUGAUCCCAAUGAUGAGGUGAUGAAGAAUAAUGUGGAGUAUUAUCGCUACCAUAGAGAUAAAUUUGGUCUCAAUGUGGAGGACUUCUUGCCUAGAGCGGAGGCAGUACGGUACCACAAUCAGACAACAUUACAGCUCCAGUUGCUAGAAUUUGCCAGACAGAAGCUCCUGCAUGAUGAUGAGGGUGAAGUUUCUUAUCAAUACCUUAAUGCUGAGGAAGACUGAAAUGUUGAAUGUGCACUGAAAAAACAUCAAUUUUUCAAUACUUUACAAAUUUCCCCUCUUGUAUUUAUUUUGGGAUUGGUGAUAACAGUACCAAAGUACACAUUUUUCACACCUCAAAUGUUCUAAAAGGUAAUGAUUACUCUUAUCCUUCACUGUCAUGUCAGAAAUCACUGCCAUGUUUUUAUUUGUUGGUUGGACUGUUUUAAUAAAGGGUCUUUUAUAUAUUAUGUGCUUUCCAAUUUUGAAUUUAAACUAAUUUUAUGUAGAGACCUAGAGAGCUGAAAUAUUCUCCUAAAAAUAUAAAUUUUUGUUCACCAGAAGAGAGAAAGUCAUACACAUCUGGGAUGGCAUGAAGGGGAGUAAAUGAUGAGAUAAUUUUCUUUUUUGGGCGAACUAUCCCCAAAUAUAGUCUUUGGUCUAUCCAAUUUUUGACAAGCCUAACAGUCUUUUCAUACCAAAUAAUGGCUUAACUAGAUAACUUACCAAAUGUUUAUUUGUCCAUAUGUCAAAAUAUAUGUAAAUGUUUAGGACUACAGAUGAAAUCAUGCAAACUUAUGUACUACCCCAAUUCCGAAAACGUUUGGACAGUAUGAAAACUCCUAAUAAAAAACGAAAG